AUGAUAAAAGCCAACUUAUUCUUCCAUCAUGGUGGUGAUUGGAUUCGAGAACCACAUGUAUUGUAUGAAAAGAAAUGGGUUCACUAUUGGAGAGAGUAUGAUCCUGAUCUCUUAUCUUAUAUUGACAUUGUAAAUGAGUACACUUUCCAUUUAAGAUUUGUAGGUGUCCAACAAUUAAUUGUUGCUGGACCAUCUGGAAAGUACUUUGAAUUAGAAGGUGAUGAAGGUAUUAGGAAAUUAUUAUCAUUUGUCUCCGAAGAAUACCAUGUCAUUCAUUUCUUUGCUACUGAUGAAUGUGAAAUAGCUGUGCAUGUUCCAAAUAUUCUACAAAGUGAUGAAUCAUUUUUCUUAGUACCUAAUUUUGUUAAUGAAGUUGGGACAGAUGUGCAUGUUCCAAAUGUUCUGCAAAAUGAUGAAUCACUUUCUUUAGUACCUAAUUUUGUUACUGAAGUUGGGACAGAUUGUAGUGACACUGAGGAUGAUAAUGGUAUGGCAUUUGAUUGUCCAGAAUAUGAUAGUGAAGAAUUAGAGAGAUGUGCUACCCACAAGAGAAGGGCUAUCACUGAAAAUUUGAAUGAUUUUAGGGAGUUAGUUAAGGGUAUGACCUUCAAGGACAUACCAGAAGCAAGGAAUUUCUGUAGACUUUAUGCACUGGCAAACAAGAAAGAGUUAGUUGUUGAAAAAAGUGAUACGCAUAGGGUGAGAUAUUCAUGUGAUGUUGUAGGAUGCCCAUUUAUAUGUCACAUAUCUGAUGAUGACACUACUGUUGGGGUGACUGUUAAGACUUUAAUUCCUCAUAGUGAUUGUGGUGUAGUGUAUGAUAACCCACUGAUCAACUCUAGUAUCAUAACUCAAUAUUUCAAGGGAAAGUUACAAGAUGACCCAAAAUACAAGGUAAAAGAUAUGAGGGCUGACUUACAUAGAGUUUUUGAUUUAAAUGUAAGUGAAGGAAAAUGUAAAAGAGCCAAAAGAGAGGUCCUGGAAACUCUGGAAGGUAGUUUUACAGAUAAUUACAAAAAAUUGGAGGCCUAUGCAAAUGAAUUGAGAGAAUCAAAUCCAGGAAGUGAUGUUGUCAUUAAUUUGUCCAAGGAGGCACUAGCUCAAGGUAAAAGGAAAUUUCUAAGAAUGUAUAUUUGUUUCAAGGCCUUGAAAAUGGGUUUUAAGGAAGGUUUAAGACCAUUUAUUAGGUUAGAUGGUACAUUCCUUAAAGGAAAAGCCAAGGGUCAAGUAUUGGUUGCUGUUGGCCAAGACAGUAUGAAUCAAUUUUACCCUCUAGCAUGGGCAGUGGUUGAUAAAGAGACCAAGAGGACUUGGAGCUGGUUCUUACAGCAGUUGCAACACUCACUUGAACUCCAUAAUGGCAAAGGAAUAACCUUCAUAUCAGACAUGCAGAAGGGACUACUUGAUGCAGUAAAGAAUGUACUGCCUGAAGCACAUCAGAGAUUUUGUGUAAAGCACAUUGAGGCAAAUUGGUGCAAAAUGUGGAGUAAAGGUGAGUUGAAGAAACUUCUAUGGUGGGGUGCAUGGUUCUCCUAUGCUGAGGAGUUUGGAGACCAACUUGAACAGAUGAAGCAGUUGGAUGAACCUGCUGCAAAGGACUUAAUCAGCAGGUAUCCUCCAAAAACAUGGUGUAGAGCUUAUCUUGAUACAGUCUGUAAGAAUCAAGGAGUGGACAACAAUUUUACUGAGUCAUUCAACUCUUGGAUACUUGAAGCAAGGUAUAAGCCCAUCAUUGGGAUGUUGGAUGACAUAAGGAUUAAGGUGAUGAAUAGGUUGAGAGAAAAUAAUGAGUUUGUGAGUAAGUGGUAUGGUUUGGUCAGUCCUAAUACAAUGAAGUUGUAUAAUGAAUAUUUGAAAAUAGCCCAAGUGUGCAAGGUCAAUGGCAAUGGAGACAGUGGAUAUGAGAUAACAGAAGGACAUGAUAGACAUGUGGUGAAUUUGAGGCAAAAGCGGUGUACUUGUAGGACAUGGGACCUUACUGGAAUCCCAUGCCCAUAUGCAAUCAGGGCCAUGAUUCACAAGAAAAUUGACCCUAUUUCUGAGAUACAUUGGUAUCAUAGCAAGGAGGCAUUCAAGCUAGCAUACAAACACAAGUUGCAACCGACAAGGGAAUGA